GAGGCAGCCCCCACCCCUCAGGAGCACCCCAGACCUCCCUAGUUCAGGAGGUGGAGUCACUGGGACACAAAACUUGUUUUUUGUUUUACCCAAACCACGCAGCCAGGGCUCCCCAGGCCACUGCUUCCUCUUUCUCCUUCUUUUUCCCCUGAUCUGGCACCAAACAGAGCCAGACCCCCCCCAGGGGGUGAGCACUGACUCCAGCUCCCCUCAGGGCCACCAUGCAGGUGAGGGGCAGCAGCCUGGAUUUGGGUGCCCCCAGACCACCCACCCCCACGCCAGACACCCCGGGGAGCCACCAGCCUCGACCUCCCAACUCGUCACUCCUCUACAGCAACGUGGGAGAGCUGCGGGCCCACCUCGUCCCCCGUAAGGCCACCCGAGGGGAAGGAACAGGCAGAGCCCCCUCCCAGCCCACCCGGGACCCUCUGCCUCCCCCUUUGCCAAAAAAGCAUCUCCAGCGAGCAGAGUCCCUCCCGGAGCAGCCGAGACCCCAGCACUGCCGGGGUCACCCCGUGCCACAGGCCAGCAGCAUCCUCAGCAAUAUCCCGCCAGGGCAUGAGGAGGGGGCCCUCAGCUCCAUCCCCCCGGGGGACAGAUCCCCCUGGGGGCCCAAGAAACCCCUGACCAAGUCUCAAAGCCUGGGAGAACCGGUGGCCUGGAGCAGUCCACAAAAAUACCCAUUGCCCAGCCAGGUGGAGCUGACGUUUGGGAUUGCAGACAGGGAUUUGGGAUGGCUCCUGGAGAGCCCGGCUGGGGGGUGUGAGGUGGUUUUGGGGUGCCAGGUGGGUGCCCUGUCCCGGCUCUCAGCUCGGAUCCAGGAGGAGCUGCUGGGGCCAGAGAAGCAUCAGCGGCUGCUGGAGAUGGAGCUGAGGGGGAAGAACUGGGCAGCCCUGAGGGUCCUGGAGCCAGAGCCGUGCUGUGAGAGUGGGGAUGCCUGGUACUUCCGAGUGGGCUUCACUUUGGAGCAAACCCAGCUGGUGUUUGCAGCCAAGGUCCCCAAGCCAGGCUGCUCCAGCCUGGGGGUACAGAGCUCCCUUGGGGCACACUGCAGCAUCCAGCGCCUGAUCGGCCGAUUCAGUGACCACCUCCCUCGGGAGCUGGUGCUCCCUGCAAGGCCUGGGGAGCAGAGUUGGUCCCCUUCUACAGAAGAGCCAGCCUGUCCCACCACCUAUCCUGUUGUGCAGGUCCUGAUUUCUCCUGAAGUUCCCUACCAGACCCUGGCAGGCUUUGUGAAGGGAUCCCACAGUUUGCACAGGAUCAGCCCCGGGCAUUAUGAACGCCUGGCUUGUCUCCUUCUCCUGCAGCUCUGCAUGGGGCUGGAGCACCUCCAGCUGCAGAACAUGGGACAUGGAGACCUCUGCCCCGAGAACCUGCUGUUGGUGCAGUGCCCUUGUCCUUCUCAGAGCCAGCAAGGCAAGGAGGCACCCCUGGGUCUGUUCCUUCCAAGGCUGCUCAUCAGCAGUUUCUUCAAGGUUAAAGACAAACAAAGACCUUGUUCUACCAGCCAGGAGCAGGACUGGACUAAGGGCCCUGCUGCACCACCCUCCCCAGAGGCAGAUGAGCUGCACGUAGGCAUACUGAUCUAUUGGAUCCUGCAUGUGGACAUCUCUCUGGAAAAUGCCUUGGGGUUCAGAAGCAACAGACUUCCUGAAAUCCCCUCCUUAUCCAUCUAUUCCACAGGACUCAAGCGUUUGGCCAUGCUGCUUCUCCACAGAGAUCCCUCCAAGAGGGUCUCCAUCAAGCAGGCAAGGAGCAUCCUGCAGGUCCUGCUCUGGGGGCCCCGUCAGGAGCUCUUUGCCAGGAGCAAGAAGACCCUCAGGCUUCUCCAGAGCUGGGUGGAGGUGAAGAGGGCUUUGUUGCUCCUGAAGUUUGCGGAGAAUUCAGUUGGGGUGGGAGCGAGUCCUGGCCUCGAGGAGUGGCUGUGCUGCCAGUACUUCCAGGAGGUGACUGAGCACACACUCUACCAAGUCACCCAGGCUCUCUACACUCCCUAAAGGCAAGCUGAAGUUCAGCCCAACAAAAGGUCUCCCCAAAGGUGACCAAGAGCCUGUGAGGACCUGUCCGAAUCCAGUGGCUGACAUCUCCCCCAAGGAACCCAAGCUGGUCCUGGCUGUGAAAACUCUGCAAACCUGAACACUUCUCCCACAGCAUAAAAAUGACAAAGCUGGGGCCAAACUCCCACCCGUGGUUCCCACAACCUAGGAUGUGUUUUUACAUCCUCAGCUGAUUUGUGUUUGUUGCUGUGAGCGGGGUUUAUCAGAGCAUCCCAGGCAAGGCAGCUGGAUGGAAGCCAUAGGCUUGAGAACCAGUUUAGUGCCUGAUUAUCCUGGGUAAAAUUUACAGGUCUUGGACGUUGCACAACCCCCCCACAGGCCUCUCCUGUGGCCAGGAGGCUUUUGCUGUUUUAAAUAACAAGACAAAGCCACACAUUACAGCUCACCUUAAGGCACCAUUGCAAAGGAGAAAUAUGAUCCCC